CAAUACAUGAACCCUUUCAUACGAAGGAACCUUACACGCUUUGUGAUACAAACAAACUGAUAAAAAUGGCUAUCUAUUUGACUUCCUAAAAGAUCUUCCUUGCCGUCUCCGCACCGUACCCUUUCAGGAACUGUAAAAAAUCCAGUCUUUUUCGUCCCCAUUUGAAUCUUGAAUUUUACUCUGAUCGAAUUGUUACAAUUAAUCCUUCAAACCCAUAAUUCUUUUACUGAAUUAUUCUAGAUGGGUUGAUUUAGAUUGAGCAAUUUGAUGUUGGCUUAAGUUAAAGAUUGGAUUUUUAUCAGUUCUUGGUUCAAUUCAAAUGGUCAGUUUACUGCCACUUGACCAAGAAAAAACCAUGGCCAAAUCACAGAAUUCAACUGACCCUAGUCUGAAAUUGGGGAAAAUCAAUCAAAUUCAAAAGAAAAAGUACAUUUCAAAUUCUAAGAAUCAAUUAAGCAUCCCUGCUUGUGAAAAAUCUCGUUCUGCUUUGAUUGAUGUAAUGAUUUUGAUUGCUGUGAUUGGUGCCUGUGGGGUUUUGCUGUAUCCUUCUGUUAACCUUUUGGUGAAUAAAAUACCUGAAAUUCUCGGAACAAUCAGUUCUGAGGUGAAAGAGGAAAUUCUAGAAGCUCCAGUGGUAUACAUCUGUUUAGGACUUAGUAUUUUAUUUGCUGGAAUAGCUCUUCUGGCAGUUACAGUAUGUACAGGCAGGAGAUGUGGGAAACCAGGUUGUCGUGGGCUUAAGAAAGCUGCUGAAUUUGAUAUACAAUUAGAGACAGAAGAUUGUGUUAAGAAUUCAGCAAAAGAUGGAGUCAAUAUGAAGGGACUGUUCGAGUUACCUCGCGAUCAUCAUAGAGAAUUGGAAGCUGAGCUUAAAAGGAUGGCACCUCCUAAUGGAAGAGCUGUUCUUAUAUUUCGAGGGAGAUGCGGAUGCUCUGUAGGUACAAUGGAAGUGCCUGGACCGAAAAAGAAUCGAAAGGUUAAGAAAUAAGAGUAAUGUUUAUCUGUAAAACAUAUUUUAUACUGAAGUAGGCCUAUGUCCUAAUGAUCAGAUGAUAAGAAGAUACUAUUUCCUUCAAUAAGUUUAUUGAAAUAAAAUCUAAUGGAUUAUAUAGAAAAGUCAUUUGUACUGUUUAUAUUAAAAUCAUUUCUCUUGCUAGCUUUUUCAUUUUAAUUAUGUUGGUAGUACUUAAGUGGUGUUUGCUUUAUGCUUGGCAUUAGAUUAACUAUACUUUUAUGUCUUCCUGGGUACAAACAGUAUCAAUCUUUUCACAAACUACAAAUGUUGCUCAUUAUCUGAAGUUUUAGUUACUAGACCUUCACAUUGAGUUUAGUAGUAUUAUGAGUUACAAUUUCGAGCCGUGGGAGCAGCCAUUGAUGCUUGCAUUAGGGUUGGUUGUCUACAUCACACCCCUUGGGGUGUGGCCCUUCCCCGGAUUCUGUGUAAAUGUGGGAUGUUUUGAGCAUCGGGCUGCCCUUUUAAUCUAAGGAAAAAGUGAGACUUCUAAGCUA